AUCAAUGGAACCACGAAUGUGUUCAUGGUCUACUUCCAAGAUGAGUAUGUUAGUUUCAGAGGAAAUCCCCCAUGUGCCCUAUGCCUACAGAUUGUUUUGAGUGGGUGUACGAUAGAGGAAGUGCAUUAUGUAAGUGAGUAUAAAUACUGUAUCUGAAACCGUAGUCAAAGGCACAACGCUCUCACUGAAGGAGUCAACAUGAAGCAGUCGUCUGGUGUCAAAGCCUUGAUUUCUCUGUGUCUGCUGCUUGCAGAUGGAUUUCCAGUUUCCAAAGAUGAACCUCCGAAGAUCAUUGGGCCUGAUCGCGUCCAAAUAAGAGCUCAUCCAGGUAAGCAGCUGCUCCUUCACUGUGAAGCAAUUGCAAACUGUGACGCUGAUAUGACGGUCAUCUACUGGCUCGUAAAUGGCUCUUUUCCAGAAGAUACACCCAGCAGUGGCAGAAUAGUGGAAUCAGAAGAAUCAACAUUAGAGAACGGCGCAAUCCUGCAGAGGACUUUGCUGUUGAAGAAAGUCACAUCAGAGGAUCUUAACUCAACCUUCACCUGCGUUGUAACCAAUGAUGCUGGAACGACCUUAAAGAAUGCAACAUUAUCAACUAAAAGGAGUGGAUGCAAUGUAGGAAGAAACAGAAGACACUGAAUGUUUCUGCAAAAGUGGAAUUAUCUGAGCCUUGCAAACUGACUCUUAUGAGUCAGUAGUAUCUGUGAAUGUUUCAUCGUUGAGAACAAUGCCAGGGAAAUAUUGAACAAAGAUGACAAAUCAUUUGGUCUCAUAUUUGUAUGAUGCUCUUUUGACGGCUUCUUUCAGUGAGACAAGUGUGAAAACUUAAAAAUGAGUCCAUCUAAACUAAAAGUGGAACCAAAUACUACCCUUCAUAUAUAAGUAGUAUUUGGAGGACCUCUUUUAAGGAAACAUAUCUGGACGUUUUUUCUUUUACAGUGAGACCUCUUAAAUUUGUCACAAAAUGUCUGUACGCCACAGGGCUGCUUCAAAUUAAUUGCAGGAUAUAUAUGUAGGGAAUUCUGAGUAAUUUUCUUACCUGUUGUUGAUACUUGUGCAUCAUUGUAGUGUCCAUGUUGGAUGUUUUUCAUAAAAUAAACUACCCUUUAUA